AUGGAACAUUAUGAUAGGAUAAGAAUAGUUGUUGUGGGAGAUAGUGGCGUGGGAAAGACUAGUCUUGUUCAUAUGCUUUGUUAUAACGAAGCUUUAAGAUACCCAACUUGGACAAUUGGUUGUAAUGUAGAUGUGAAGGUUAUUGAAUUUAUUGAUGUAGGUGGAACUUCUAAACAUAAAUCAUCUCGUAACAUGUUUUAUCAUCAGAUUAAUGGUAUUAUUUUAGUACAUGAUGUUAGUAAUAGAAAAUCUUAUUAUAAUUUAUGGAAAUGGGUUGUAGAAAUUUUGAAUUCUGAAGCUUAUAAAGAUACUGAGAAAUCAAACAAUAAUAAUAUAAAGAAAAAUGAUUUUGAUUGUGAUGUGAAAAUUGGUGAAAGAUAUGCAAGUGUUCCAAUAUUAGUCGUUGGUACUAAAGCCGACCUUGUAAAACAAGAAUUAACAGGUCGUCAAAGAAGAUAUAGUAUAGUGGAUGAAUAUGGAGGUGAUUGUGUGAAUUUAUGUACAUUAGCACAAACACAUUUCGAACAAAAGUCAAUCGUAUCUGAAAAGCUUGACCUAUUUUUUGAUAAAAUUGUCGAUAAAAAAUUCGGUCUUUUUUCUCCAUUAUCAGAUUCUUUUAUACAAAGCCCCACUUUUGGUGGUUUUUCACCUUCAUUACCAAAUGAACCAUCUUCUAAAAAACAAUCUUGGAAUGGAUUUAGGUAA